AUGUCAAAGGACCAAGAAACAUCUAUCAACUACAUUACCAGAUCCGACCACAUUCAUCGUUUGCCUCUCGAAGUCCUCGCACUUAUGUUCGAGCUCUGUGUUGGAAAAGACGAACAAGACAAUCAUUUGGUCGAAAUAUAUGAGGUUUUUCCGCUUGGGGCUGUAUGUAAAACAUGGCGCUAUACUGCUUGGACAACUGCUUCACUUUGGACAAGGCUUAGAUUCAAGUUUGGUUCCAGGACAACAGAAUCCAAGGUUCAGCUCGCUAUGGAAUGGCUUAUGCGCUCAGGGGAACUUCCGUUGGAUGUCUAUUUAUCAGAUACAGAGUCGACGCUGUUCGCCGGUGCGUACGGUAUGGAAAAGUUCAGGGUCGGAUACAUCCCGUCGCCACUGUUGCCACGCUUGCUGCCACGAGUUAAGCCUUUGUUGUCUUGUCUUGGCCGUGGGAUCUUCCCAGGAACUCUUGGUCAGGUUCUCCCAUCGAUUUACCCUCCAUUCGCGGUGAACCCAACGCUCGCACAACACUUCCGAUAA